AUGCACCAUCCAGACAGCCUUUGGCCCGAAGCUGCAGCCGCAGCGGCAGUCGGUGAAUUGAACGAGAGCCUCACGUGGUGCUUCUUUCAAGUGUCGCAGGUGCUUUUUAUUUUUGUCCCUUUCACCUCUUCUUCCCUCAUCAACCGUCAACCAUCAACUUUCAACUCACAUAUCAUCUUCGAAUUUCUCUGCCGCCCCAUUCUACUCGACAAUCAAGUAUUGCAUUGCACUUCCUCCUCGCUAGUCUCGCCUUUCGCCCAGACUCCCCUUGAUUUUGUGCUGCCUGUUGACCUGCAGGCUGAGACCCGCGGGCCUCACUCGGAGAGGCUCCGCUUCGGCUUGGGCUGCCCGACGAUUGCCCUACGACUGGAGCUCUGA